CUCUACAUCCUAAUCCAAACGUCAAGAUGAAGCUUACGCUGAUAGCUGUUGCCCUAGUUUCCUUGCUACUCGUCCACGAGACAGAAUCAGGUUGGAUUCGUUUUAGGCGAAUCGGAAGAGCCAUUGCCCGUGCCUGGAAACCCGCUUGCUCAUUGACAUGUCCUAGAAUCUGCACGAAAGGAUUUUUAUGCAAGUUUGGCUGUGGGGCUUUGUGUGGCAAGAGGAAGAGGGCGGCUUUCAAACAGGGCGUCCACGUCACUCGGCUGCCAAGGAACUUUGACUUUUACGACCUGAGCGAUGAUGACUUCGUCAGUCUUCAGGAAAUUGCAACCACACUAGGCCACUCUGUGAACGAAGUUGAUCUGAUCGUCGCCUUCAACGCUACUGAUACCAACCAAGACGGCAAGCUGACUGAAGAGGAACUGUUAUCAUCAAAGGUGUUUGUGUUUGCUGAUGGCCCGGUUGAGCCCGACACCACACUUCCCCCACUGACCACACUUCCCCUGACCACACUUCCCCCACUGACCACUAAUGAUACUGUCACUGAACCCUGAAUGACCGGACCUCGAUAUGGUCGACCGCUCUAUCCGACCACAUGCUGAUUUUGUUAGUUCUGUUCACAUAGCAUAUAUUAUUUUUCCAAUAUUUCCAAACUGCUGUAAUUUGACACCAUUUUUAUUCGGUGUUUCACGGACAAAUUAAAAAAUUGGAAUAAAAAUAUUUUCCUGUCUUUGUCUUUUUUGUGUGACUUCAAAGUUUUUAAGGCUUAUCGAUCACAUAAAUGUAUGUCUUCAUCAGGAAAGGUUGCUGAGACAGUCUCAAGUUAGAAGAUCUUUAGAAGAAAAAGAUUGAUUCUGUCCGGAAAAAAAUUUGAAGAUGUUUUAAAAUUUUUAAGAUGUUCAAUUUGUGACUUGUAUUAUGGUAAUGAAUAUCUGUAUAGCUUGAGUUAUAUAAAAAAU